AUGCAGGACGUCUGCUGUCGACACAGAGCAGCUCACAGCGAAAAACAAACCCCGCAACGCUGCAAGCGACUCAAAAGCAGCACACCACACCAGCGGAGAAACAAGGCUGAGCUCUUUGGCUGGCUUGCCACUUCCUUAGCAGAGGGUCUGCUGGCAGGAGCAACAUCUGAGCAGGUCAUGAAGCCUCAAGAGGCCGAGCUCGUCACUGAAAUCUCCAAGUUACAGUGCAUGGUGACGGAGCUGAAGACGGGCUUCACCAGCGCCCUGCUGGAGCUCAGUCAGAUCCAGCAUGGGGACACCUUCCUGAGGGAGGAGCUGGAGGAGAACAGGAGGAGCUGUCAGAAAAAAGCCCUUCGCCUGGAGGCUCUGGUGGAGACUCUGAGGGAGGAACUCGGUGUGAUGAGGUGCCAAGUCGUGCAGCUUUACAGCAACAGACAGAGCAGACCUCAGCAGGAUGGGAAAAGCUCCUCAGCCAAACAAACACAAAGCAGAGACCCAGAGGAGGCGCUCUGCCAGCAGGCUCAGUGCGACUGUCCGGCUGCUCCGCCAGCCUGUCUGUCCAGAGGGAAACUGCUCCUUCACUGCUUCCUGCAGGGCCUCAAAGCCGGCCUCAGCGAGGGAACAGAUGCUCGACAUCAGGUGGCCAUGCAGCUCCUGCACUCCGAGUGGGAGUACGUGUCCGCCCUGAACCAGCUGUACGACAAGUACAAGGUUCCCCCCGCUCACCAGGCCAGCCCCGAGCCAUACCAGACGUACGUGAAGUUUGUGGAGCAGCUCCUGCAGCGGCACGUGCUUUUCAGGAACACCCUGCAGGAGCGCCUGUCCGCCGAGCACUGGAAAUCUCUGGUCGGAGACAUCCUGGUGCAGCUCAUCGGCCAAAAUGACACAGCCUUUUCAGACAUGUACCUGGGAUAUACCACUACCUUGGCGUCGUUCCUCUCGCUCGAGUUCAACAGACUGAACGAGACGGAGAAAAGUCACCAGACGCAGAGCAGCCAGAUGGAGAAGGAGGAAAUCAAACUGCUCUCCUUACUGUUGGCACCGGUGGCUCGCAUACACAGCUACCUGAGCCACAUCCAGAACCUCUUGCAGUGGACCGGUAAGGAGCAUCCUGACUGCAGCCUCUUGUUGGGAACUGAGCGGGGGCUGAGGACCAUUUUGUCUCGUUGUCAUCUAAUCCUGGAGCAAGACGUUCGAUGGGAGGAAGGAGAAGGACAAAACCCCUCUGGUGCUGUGGCCGGUGCAUCUUCUGCAAACUGCUGCGCGAGGGGCCAGCAGGGGAAAGGUGGCUCAGGCCCCUCUGAUGACAGGGAUGGCCAGCAGACGGCCCGCCUCGCUAACGGAGCGGACUCGUCCCGCGGGCUGCGCCUGGAGUGCUGGUCCUGCAGCCCGGUGAGGCGGAAGGGCUGCGGGGCGGACCGAGCCGCCCAGAGCCAGCCGGCCCACGACUGCGGACACCCGUGCUGCUCCCUGCUGACCCCCGACGCCGCGGGCUGGGGGGAGAACAGCGACUCGGGCCAGGGGACGUUCAGGGAGCCCGCGGGGAGAUGCGCCAAUGGCAAUGGGCUCGGAGCCCCCCACGCGACCCGCCACCGCCCGGAGGACUGCGACACCGACCGGGACGACACCUCCGCCUUCGACUACUCCUCCGUCAGCUCCUGCAGCCCGGACGGCACCCUGCGCAGGGACACGGUAGAGAGCAACAGCGGGGAGGAAGAGGAGGAGGAGGAGGAGGAGGACAGCCAGGUGCCGGUGCUGCUGAAGCCCUCCUACAGCCAGCAGCAGCAGUGCAAAGACGCGGCCAGAGAGCGGACUGUGUGUCUGAGGUGGCAGAUCCCCAGGUUAACCCCCCACCCUCUUCUCAGGACCCCCACAGGCCCCUAUGGGGACGGGACGCCGUGUCUAGUGAGCUCCUUCGGGAAGAGGUUAGUUAGCGUCAAGAAAGGGUCGCCUCCCCUCCACCCGAAAAGCGCAUUCAGGCCCAUCUGGGACGACCCGUCCAAGCAGCAGGCAGAUUCAGCUCCAGAGAAGGACAACAGACAAGGUUUCAUACCGAUUCAAGCUCCAGCGAGGCAAAACUUUCAAAGUUUCAACCCCAGCAGGGAAAACCUGAGGCCGGGGUUGGCCCAGCAGCGGGAGACCCGUCCAGCAGCCGGGCUGUGGGACAGUGAGGACAGCGAAGGGCCAUGCAGCACCGUCUGA